AUGGGACCCUCUACAGAACUUCUGAUAAACGACGAUCAUCCUCUCGCUCUCGAGCUUGCCUCUCUCCGGCAAGCGGUACAUCGCUUUCAGCAUGAGGCUCACUCUUCCGCCCUCAAGCUUCAGCGGCACUCGCUGGAGAGUUCUCUAGCUCUGGAGCGCGCGCAUGCAUUAGAACGCGAGAAUGCCCAAAUACGAGAAGAGCUUGCUGUGCUACGUUCGCAUCCGGAUAUAACGCCGAGCUCUGCCGCGCUUCAAGUUCCCGAACUAACGCUUGCAUUACGCCGUUUGAACGACAAACUCACAGCGACGGAAGAUACCCUACUCUCACGGACAAAUGAACUCGCGGGUGCUUUGGCGGAGGUGGCAAAGGGCAAACAUGCAGUCGAGAGCGCGUACGCACUUGCCGCUCAUACGCGGGCUCAACAGGAGGAGGGCAUGGCCAGGGAACGCGACCUCAAACGACGCGUUCGUGCGGUUGAGGAGGAGAGGGAUAUGACGGAUCGCGUCGUACGCGAGUAUGCGAACCUUGUGCGAUCUCUAGAACGCAAACAAGGGCCCACGUCCCCACCUCCCGAAGCGAAUGGUCACGGGCGCAGCCUUUCGCUCGCCAGCAAUUUAUCAGAGGUGCUUCAGGAUGGAAGAGGGAGUGUUCACAAACUAGUGACAGAGUUCACGGCGGAGAGCGAGGCUCUUGAAGCAGAGAUUGCACGUCUACACGCUCAGCUUGAGGUCAUUGAGCGUGAGCGCGACGUGGAGCGGAAAGUCGCCGACCAUGGUCGCAAUGAGCUGGCGCGCGCCCGCACUGAACUAGAGAAGCUCAAUAUCGAUGACUCCACGGCGGCCAAGAUGGUCUCACGGUACAUGAAGUUCUCUCAGUCCACGAUAGAUACCCUGCAGACCGCGAUCGACAACCUGAAGGCGCGACAUGGGGCGACUCUGGCCACCCGGGAUCAGCAGCUUGCAGCACUUCAGGCAUCGGUGGCAUCUCAGCAGCGUCAAUUCGACCGCCUUCGGGAUGCACUGGAUGAAUUGACCGAGCAGCUCGCGCGCGAGUCAUACGGUCGUCGCCGGGAGAUAGCCCUGCGUCUCGCUGUUGUAGCUCGAGAGGAUGGGCUGGCCGAGGCGGUUCGUCGUUGGGCUCGCCGCGCACGCGAGACAUACGAGCGAGCAGAUGUCGAGAAUGGCGGAAUAGACCUUCUGCGUGAUGGGUUCAUAAAUAUCGUCGACGAUGCGGAGCAACUAGUCGCUCUAGUGGAUGGGGACGAUGAGGUUUCGCGUCCUCCUGGCGAAGACGGACUGGGUGGCGUAGCGCGCAUCCUCGCCGCGCAAGACGCGGUGAAGACCCUGGUCGAAGAAUUACAGAACGAGACGGAGAAACGCAUGCGUCUCGAACGUAUGCUCUCCCGAGCGGGGAUCGACGAAAACGGAGAGGUCGUUGUUGCACCCUUGGCUACAACCGUCAGUGACUUGCAACGACCAUUGCCGGAUACACCUUUGGAAACACCUGCAACUGUUGGCAUCAAAUCACCAUCGAGCUCUGUUGUAACGACGUCACCUGUGGCACCUUCAGCAUCCCGCGAUGAGCAACCUCCUUCGGAGAAGCGUCCUGUACCGCUCCAGCUCGACAACAUCGCAAAGAGUUUUUCCCCGAUUUCUACGCCUGCCACUGCCUUGCAUCACCCCUCUCCUCGCGUACUACAAAACCCCCCUUCGUUUAUGGUGGAUCCUGCGACACCUACCUCCGCCACAUCGCUCACUUCAGACGUCUCUGUACAGACGACCUCAUCGGCUGCAGACUCUGCGGAAUACCCCUCAGCAGUACAACUGCCUUCACUUUCAGACGGUCCCUCGCAACGCGGGUCAUCGCCUCCAAAGACGCCUCCGCCCAAGCUCGUGAAGUCUUCGUCCCCAAGUCUCGAACAACCUAUAGCAACCCCCUCGAAAGUCUCGCGCGACCCAGAAUCAGCCCCGGCAGACCCGUUGCUAGCGGCGCUGUCCUCUACUGCAGCUCGAUACAACUCCAUACAGCGUGCCCUGCGUGACUGCCAUCUCACCCUCAAGGAUGUUGCCAGUACACUUGCCUCUAUGCCAACCUCACAAGCACGCUCUCUUCUUCAGGCUGCUGCGGCUCGACUCGAUGACUUCGGCGAAGACGCACGCGUGGAGUUAGAAAUCCGCGUCGCCGAUGAGGAGCGCAUGGCUCGAGGCUUUGUGACACUUCUGUCCGUCCGCGGUGCUCUGACUUCACAAGCCGACGCUGCUGAAGCCGAGAAGGCCGCCCGCGAGUUUGUUGAUGGUACUGACGUGUCUGUGUCACGUUCGCAGGCGCGCUUUGAGAAGAAGCUUACUGAUCUGCAACACGAUGUCGCCGCUCUCAAGCGCGCUGUACACGAGUUAGCGGUCAGCCCUACGCCGCCCCCUCCUUCUACGCCGCUGCCGCCGCCGCCGCCCGAAGAGAACGGUGAUCGAUCUUGGUCAUCCCUCGCUGCCGGACUCUUUACGCCUUCUCGCUCGUCCAGCCCUGCUCCGCCUUCGUUCGGCGCCAUCAUGACGACGCCACGCCUUCGACGCCCACCGUCUUCGCCGCGUCUUGGUGCCACCGCUGCCCUUCAAGCCAAUGCGAGUGUAAAUCCAUUCACCGCUAUGGGACUCGACCUUCGGGUGCCGAUGCCCGAACAUGUCCCUGGUCUGCCUGCGGCACGCGCCAGUCCUGCUCCCCGUCAGCGUACAACGAGUGGGAUGUACAUGCUCGGCCUCGGCAUGCGUUCUUCAUCAACGUUCAGCGCCGCGCCAGGAUCACCUGCGCGGAGACCCAGUACGCUGUCGGGUGCUAGGCGACCCAGUAGCACUUCGUUAGGUCUACACGAACGAGAGGUCAUUCAAGAAACGAGUGCAGGGUCGGACGUCGACUUGGACUGA